GUGACGUUGGGGGCGGGGUGCUACUGCUCUUCCUGCUCCUCCUCGUCGUAGUAAGUAGUUGGUUUCGGGCGGAGCUUUAGCUUUGGCUUGGCCAGUGCCCUGAAUCCACCGAGCUCAUGUGCAUGGCAGCAGGCUCGCACGGUGUCCGUCAUCCCCCGUGCUCUGGUCGACGUCCCCUGAUGCCCUCAUUCUACUACGUCUCCCGCCUCUGUCCAUGUCGUUGUAGCCACUUCGGUAUUCGCGUUUGUUCGUGUCCCCUGCAAUUUCGACGCGCAGCUGUAGAGCUUGGCAUCUGUCGGACGACUUCUUGUCAGAAGUCACGAGUUUGAGGUUUGAGACCUGCGUUUUGGGUUUUUGGUGAGCAUUGUGGGUGGGUUCGGAGGUUUUGUUGUCGGGAGAUUCGGGUUUUUCUAGCAGCUGGAUGCGGAUGCGGAUGCGGGUGCGAGGGCAGUUUGUGUAGGUAACGGAGAUUCUAGUUUGGAAGUUUUGGGGCAGAUUGAGCGGAAUUUUGAUAUUUGAGGGGCGGUAGAAGGCGACGAGCGGAGUGCAGGGAAAACGUUUUUUUGUGGUGUUGGAGGAUAAGAUUUGGUUCGCAGGUGGGUGGGUUAGAAGGGAAUGGCUAGUGCUGCGCGCUCAUCUAGUUGGGUAUGUGAGAGUGAAGAGGUUUAUGUGGGUUGAGGCAAGCUUCUCUUAGUGGACAAUGAUGAGUAUGAUGGUGUGGUGAGGUUCGAGAGGUGCAGGGGAUUGGAGAGGGUGAAUCAAGUGGACGCAGGGGCGUAGGCCUUGGUGAGUGGCGCGAGAUGGGAGGUUUUUGUUCGAAGACUCCAGUUGUUGAGGAUCGGAAGAAAGCUCCCCACAGAAAAGACGUCAAUGGUAGAGAGAAAGAGGGCGCAAAUGGGAACGGAGAAAGACACCCGCCAGCGAAAAAAAUAGAUCCCGCGAAGAGGCCAGUUCCCGAGCGCAAGCAAUCUAGGAUCCCAGCUGAGCAUCUGAAGAAUAACCAAAGUCAUUCACAACCUCUCGGGAAGCGAACAAACUUUGGCUAUGAGAGAGAUUUCAAGGAGAAGUAUACGCUUGGGAAGCUCCUUGGUCAUGGCCAGUUCGGCUACACUUAUGUUGCGAUUGAAAAGAGCACUGGCAACAAGGUUGCUGCUAAGUGUAUAGAGAAAAAACAGAUGACCCUUCCAAUCUCUGUGGAAGAUGUGAAGCGGGAAGUGAAGAUCUUACGGACUUUAUCCGGACAUGAGAAUGUUGUACAAUUCUACGCUGCCUUUGAAGACGACGAUUUAGUCUACAUUGUAAUGGAAUUGUGCGAAGGUGGAGAGCUUCUUGAUCGAAUCCUUGCCAAGAAGGACAGCCGUUAUUCUGAAAAGGAUGCUGCCAAAAUAGUGAGACAGAUGCUCAAUGUUGCUGCGCGAUGUCAUCUGAAUGGUGUUGUCCAUCGCGAUAUGAAACCAGAGAAUUUCUUAUUUAAGUCCCCGAAAGAAGACUCGCCACUGAAGGCAACUGAUUUUGGACUGUCUGAUUACAUCAAGCCAGGGAAACGGUUUGGUGAUGUGGUGGGAAGCGCUUAUUAUGUGGCACCAGAGGUUUUGAACCGGAAAUCUGGUCCUGAAUCAGAUGUGUGGAGCAUCGGAGUCAUCACUUAUAUUUUGUUGUGUGGAAGACGUCCAUUCUGGGAUAAAACAGAAGCUGGGAUAUUCAACGAGGUUUUGAAGAAGAAACCAGAUUUCCGCGAAAAACCAUGGCCAUCAAUUACUGCUAGCGCUCAGGACUUUGUUAAGAAGCUGUUGGUGAAGGAUCCGCAUAUGAGGCUAACUGCCGCUCAAGCCCUGUCUCAUCCAUGGGUAAAGGAAGGAGGUGAUGCUUCCGACAUGCCUCUAGAUAUUUCAGUACUUUCAAAUAUGCGUGAGUUUGUGAAAUAUUCACGUCUGAAGCAGUUGGCUCUAAGGGCACUUGCCAGUACCUUGGAGCCAGAAGAAAUUCGAGAUUUGCGUGAUCAAUUUGAUGCCAUGGAUGUGGAUAGGAACGGCACCAUCACCCUAGAAGAAAUCAGACAUGCUCUUCAAAAGGACAGGCCUUGGGCAGUGAAGGAGUCCCGAGUGCUGGAGAUCCUCCAAGCGAUGGAUAGCAAUGCGGAUGGUAUUGUGGACUUCGAUGAGUUUGUUGCAGCAACUCUGCAUGUUCAUCAACUGGAGCAGUCUAAUACUACAAAAUGGCAGCACCGAUCUAAAGCCGCUUUUUCCAAGUUUGACGUAGACGGCGACGGAUACAUCACAGCCGAAGAACUUAAGAUCGCUACAGGGAUCAAAGGAUCAGUAGAGACGUUAUUAGAAGAAGCCGAUGUGGAUGGAGAUAAGCGCAUUAGUCUUCCUGAGUUUCAGAAAUUGCUGCAUCAAGCCAGCUUUGGAUCUCGGACCAAUACUGACCACAACCGGCAUCGCACGUAACCGUCUGCAAUAGGGAUACUAAUCACCAAUGUGAAGCAAUAGACCCGGGCUUGAGUUACUAAUUUUUUUUCAUCACAAAUGGAACUGGGGAUGAAGGCGAUGUGUCCCUUCUCCACAACAGAAUGUUUAAAAUGUUUGAGAGAAGCGCAUUGUGAUGGUCUUUCCACCGCCUUCCUAGUGGAUUAGGCAAGAAGAUGUGGUCAGAGAUUUUAAUUAUUCGCAUGAAGCUAAUAAGUCUAAUCCACUAGAAGCAAGCUUCAGCUUGUUGUGUAUAAGGCAUGCACUUGUAUGAUAGGCGAAAGCCACCUAUUUGUAUCCCAACAUAAGUGGAAGUUGCUCAGGGAUUUGUCUGGGUAUAUUUUUAAGGAUUUCAAUAUAGUUCCAUUACUUCUUUGUAAAA